AGGCAUCGGUUGUACUAUAGAGUAGCUGGGCUGUUCGCUGUUAACUCCAUCCUAUUAAUUAUCCAAUUAAUUUGAAUUACAAUUGACAAGCAAACAAGCCGAUUGCACAACACAAAUGGCGACGCAAACUAAUGGGGGGAGUGCCAGCAAAGUGCCAGAUUGGCUGAAGGCCGACCUUUUCGAGGAUGUGCUCAAGAAGACUGUGAAUGGCUAUAGCAAGAUCAAAAGUUUCAAGGCCGACAGCGGUACGGGCGUGGGAGAAAACUAUGCAACGAUAAUGCUUCGAGUGGAAAUUGAAGUGGAACUUGAAGAUGGUAAGACCAAGUCGGUCUCCUUUAUGUUCAAAUUACCCCAUCAACUGGAGCGCUACAAGGAGAUGAUGGAGAAAACUAAUAUUUUCGAUAUCGAGCGCGCUAUGUACAGCGAUAUCGUGCCGGAGCUCGAACAAUUGUAUCGUGAUGUGGGCGUGGACGUGAAAUUCGGUGCCCACAGCUAUGAUAUUAAAGCGCCUAGUGAUUAUGUACUGUUGGAGGAUUUGCGACCGAAGGGCUUCAAGAAUGCCAAUCGUCUGGAGGGUCUAGACGUCGCACAUACGGAGUGUGUGCUGCGAAAACUGGCGCAGUGGCAUGCCGCUUCGGCUGUGCGUGUCGCCACCAAGGGUCCCUAUCCAGAGGAAUUAACUCGUGGCUUCUUUAAGGAGGAGCAUCGUGAGAUGAUGGCUGAUAUCAACAAAUCUAUGUCCGGCAACUUUCUCAAGUGUUGCGCCAACUAUGAGAAUGCCUCAGAGUAUUUGGAACAAGUCCGUGCGAUAAAAGACAAAGUUACCGAUGAAAUGUUUAAAAUGGCCAAAACCGACACGAAUGAGUUCAAUGCUCUGAAUCACGGUGAUUGCUGGUCGAAUAACAUUAUGUUCCAAUAUGAUGCAUUUGGCAAAAUCAAAGAGACCUAUUUGGUGGACUAUCAGAUACCAAAAUAUGGCACUGUAACUCAGGAUUUGUAUUACUUUUUGCUAUCCUCGACAAAACUCGAAGAUAAACUGAGCAAAUUCGACUAUUACAUCAAGUUCUAUCACGAUAAUUUGAUUGAGCAUUUGAAACUUCUGAAUUAUUCGAAACCGCUGCCAAAACUACGCGACCUGCACUUAGCCCUCUUGAAGUACGGCACAUGGGGAUACUGUACGGUUACUGGCGUUAUGGGCGCUGUACUGCUCGAUCCCACCGAAGCGGCCAGCUUUGAGAAUUUCCUGAGCGAAUCCGAGGAGGGCAAUGAUUUCAAAUUACUAAUGUUUUCCAAUGCCCGAUAUAGGAAACAUAUGCAACUCAUUCUGCCGUGGUUGCUGAAUCGCGGUGCCUUGGAGGCGAGUUAACUAUAUUUAUAGAGCAUUUUAUUGAUAAAGAACAUUUAACAUCCAAUACUUUUGUACAAUGAAGUACCAUGAUAAAUAUAACACUGACAAUGUGACCAAUAUGA